AUGCAUUUCUCUACCGCGGCACUUCUUGCCUUCUCUUCUGUCAGCGUUACCUACGCUGCUCCCUUCGCCAACCAGAACGAAGACCUCUCUCGCCGCAAGACAACCUACGAUGUCGUCAACGUUGACGGAGACUCUUCCUCUUCUGCUGCCCCACAGAUUGACACUGUUUUUGAAACAUCAACUGUCACUGCUGCCGGCGCUCCCCCUGUGCCUGUGACUGUUACUGUCACCGCCACUCCUUCGAGUUCUUCCAUCGCUCGUGCUGCCAGCUCCACUCCUUGCUAUGAGACUCCCGCUCCUCGCACGGAUAUUCCCCUCCCAUCUUUUGCUCUUCCCGAGCCUAGCUCAAAUUCUUUCUUCCGUCGUGGCCUGAGAGCCGCUGGCCAGCCUGCUCUUUAUGCUCGCGAGUACGCUAGCUCUGCUUCCAGCUCUGCCUCUGCUUCUCUCUAUGCCCGCGAGUACCCUCGGCCAUCCACCACCGGUGCUCUCUAUGUCCGCGAGUACUCAACCUCAUCUGUUCUACCCUCGGCCUCAGCUUCCCUCCAUGCCCGCCAGUGGGCUACUGCCUCCCCGUCUUGUUCUGUCUCCCUUGUUCCCAGACAGUUUGGCGGCUGGUACUCUUCCGCUCCCUCGUCCACUGUGAGCGUGCCUGUCUCCGCCACUCCUCUGGUCGCCCGUGGCUGGUACUCUUCUGCCUCUGGCACUCCCUCUUCCAGUGCGACCCCCACCUCGGCUGUUCCUCUCGCCGUGCGUGGUGAGUUUGGCUGGUACUCUCCUGUCGCCGGUUCUUCUUCCAUCGCCACCCCCACUGCCUCGCCCUCUCUUGUCGCUCGUCGCUUCGGCAGCUGGGCCUCUUCCAGCGUCUCUACUCCGGUCGUCAGCGCUUCUGCUACUCCCGUCGCCUACUAA